UCAAUUCAGUUUCUUGUUUGUUGUUCAACAUUGAUUCUAAUCUCAAAAUCCUAAGUAUAGUAUAUGUUUGGAUACUUUACAUUAUUGGCUGAACCUUCAUGACAAUCAGUAGAGAUCUCUUGGUUUUCUGUUAAGAGCAGAGGGUAUGGAAUCUUUCUAUUGAAGAUCGUUGACCUAGGGUAAAGUUCUCUCUUGUGAGUCGGGAACAGUGAACCAUGGAGCUGUACUUCGGUGAAUAUCAACACGUGCAGCAGGAAUACGGCGUCCACCUGAGACUCGCAAGCGAUGAAACCAAAAAGUCAAGGAAUUCCCAGCACUCUAAGGCAGGCUCCUAUGGUGUCAGUAUUCGGGUGCAGGGAAUCGAUGGGCACCCCUACAUAGUCCUGAAUAACACAGAGCACUGUCUGCCAGGCACACCUUUUUCUGAAAACGGGCCAUCAUUUCCAUCUCCAAUGAUAAAUAACCUGCCUGUGCAUCCCAGCAACGGGGCUGGCCUAGAGGACGACAGUGCAGAAGAACCGUUUCCAGAAAACCCGUAUGCCCAACCCAGCUCAGGAAGAACCCUGAAGCAACCCUCUGUCUUUGAGGGUAAGAAUGGAGUUCUGGAAAGCAAAGAGGGGCCAGGGAAGCCAUCCCAUGUGCUGAACUUUCAGCGGCAUCCAGAGCUUUUGCAGCCCUAUGACCCUGAGAAGAAUGAGUUGAACUUACAAAAUCACCAACCUCCUCAGAGCAACUGGCUAAAAACCUUAACAGAAGAAGGUACCAACAACAAGAAGGGUUGGACUUGCUUUCCCAAACCUAGUAGUUCCCAGCCUACCAGCCCUCCUUCGGAAGACGUGGCCAGAUCCAACGUGACGGCCAUUCGUUUAUGCAGCUCGGUGGUCAUCGAUGACCCCAAGAAGCAGACCUCAGUGUGUGUGAAUGUGCAGAGCUGCACCAAGCACGGGCCGGCAGAGGAGGUGCUUUCCCCUAGCGGGAGGCCCCUACCCACCCACGGCGCCCAUGCCCACUUCGAAGCCAAGAAAACCAGGCCCGACGUGCUUCCCUUCCGGCGACAAGAUUCGGCGGGUGCCAUCCUGGAUGGGGCCCGCUCUCGGAGAUCCUCGUCGUCGUCGACAACGCCCACUUCGGCCAACUCCUUGUACAGAUUUUUACUAGAUGAUCAAGAAUGUGCCAUCCAUGCUGACAACGUGAAUCGUCAUGAGAACAGAAGGUACAUCCCCUUCUUGCCAGGAACUGGGCGGGAUAUUGAUACGGGAUCAAUUCCUGGCGUGGAUCAGCUCAUUGAAAAAUUUGACCAAAAAUCUGGGCUGCAGAGAAGGGGAAGGUCUGGGAGGCGAAACAGAAUCAACCCAGAAGACAGGAAGAGGUCCAGAAGCGUGGACAGUGCCUUUCCCUUUGGCCUCCAGGGAAGCGCCGAGUACCUGACCGAGUUCAGCAGGAACUUGGGCAAGUCCAGCGAGCACCUCCUGCGCCCCUCGCAGGUGUGCCCUCAGCGGCCCCAGGCCCACGAGCACCGCGGGAGACCGAGCCCUGGCCGCGCCCCCGCCAGGCCGCAGGCAGCCCACCCCAGGCCUCCCCCGCAGGGCAAAGACCCGAAAGUGCUAGAAAGCAGAGGUGGGCAGGAAAGCACAGCCGCCCGUGCGCCCUCCCUCCCGGCACCGAAUAAGAGGGAGGAGGAAGUUAAAACAGCCACCGCCACGCUGAUGCUGCAGACCCGGGGGCAGGCGGCUUCGCCGGACCCCGGAGCCAAGAAGAUUUCUGUGAAGACAUUCGCUUCCCCCUCAAAUACUCAGGCCACGCCGGAUCUGUUAAAAGGCCAGCAGGAGCUCACUCAGCAAACCAACGAGGAGACGGCCAAGCAGAUCCUCUACAAUUACCUCAAAGAAGGAAGUACCGAUAAUGAUGAUGCUACAAAAAGGAAAGUCAAUCUGGUCUUUGAGAAAAUCCAGACUUUAAAGUCUCGAGCAGCAGGAAGCACGCAAGGAAAUAAUCAAGCUUCUCAUUCUUCAUCUGAAGUCAAAGAUCUAUUAGAACAGAAAAACAAGUUGACCACAGAAGUGGCUGAACUUCAGAGACAGCUUCAACUAGAAGUCAAGAAUCAGCAGAACAUCAAAGAAGAGAGGGAUAGAAUGAAAGCAAACUUAGAAGAGCUCCAGAGCCAACACGACAGUAAGGUGAAAGAGAACUCCACACUGCAGCAGCGACUGGAAGAAAGUGAAGGGGAGCUCCGGAAGAACCUGGAAGAGCUGUUUCAGGUGAAGAUGGAACGGGAACAGCACCAGACUGAGAUCAGGGAUCUCCAGGACCAGCUCUCAGAAAUGCACGAUGAAUUGGACAGUGCCAAACGGUCUGAGGACAGGGAGAAGGGGGCACUGAUUGAGGAGCUCUUACAGGCAAAACAAGACCUUCAGGAUCUGCUUAUUGCCAAAGAGGAGCAGGAAGACCUUUUGAGGAAGCGGGAGCGGGAGCUCACCGCCCUGAAGGGAGCCCUGAAAGAGGAGGUCGCCAGUCACGACCAGGAGAUGGAGAAGCUGAAGGAGCAGUACGACGCCGAGCUGCAGGCCCUGAGGGAGAGCGUGGAAGAGGCGACCAAGAAUGUUGAGGUCCUGGCCAGUCGGAACAGCACUUCCCAGCAAACCCAGAUGGGGGCUGAGCUGCACGCGGAGGCCCUGCAGGAGGAGAAUGAGAGGCUGCGGGGACGCGUCGGCGAGCUGGAGCAGAGCAUCGCUCGGCUUCAGAGGCAGGUCGCGGACCUGCAAGGCGAUGAAGCCAAAGCGAAGGACACCCUGAAGAAGUACGAGGGGGAAAUUCGACAAUUAGAGGAGGCCCUCAUGCGUGCAAGGAAGGAAGAAAAAGAAGCCACGGCAGCCAGAAGGGCCCUGGAGAGUGAGCUGGAAGAUGCUCAGAGAAAUCUGAGUCGGGCCACCCAGGAGCAGAAGCAGUUGUCUGAGAAGCUAAAAGAUGAGACGGAGCAGAAGGAGCAGUUAAGGAGACUGAAGAACGAUAUGGAAAAUGAGCGAUGGCACCUUGACAAGACCAUUGAGAAACUGCAGAAGGAGAUGGCUGACAUUGUCGAGGUGUCCCGCACGUCAACGCUGGAGCUCCAGAACCAGCUGGACGACUACAAGGAGAAAAAUCGCAGGGAGCUUGCAGAAAUGCAAAGGCAGCUGAAGGAGAAAACCCUAGAGGCAGAAAAGUCCCGUCUGACUGCCACAAAAAUGCAGGAGGAGAUGCGCCUGAUGGAGGAAGAGUUGCGGGACUACCAGAGAGCUCAGGAUGAAGCACUCACAAAGAGGCAGCUUCUGGAGCAGACGCUGAAGGACCUGGAGUAUGAGCUGGAGGCCAAGAGUCACCUCAAAGAUGACCGCAGCAGAAUUGUCAAGCAGAUGGAGGACAAGGUGUCUCAACUGGAGAUCGAGCUGGAAGAAGAAAGAAAUAACUCGGAUUUGCUGUCUGAGAGGAUCACUCGGAGCAGGGAACAGAUGGAACAGAUGAGGAGCGAGCUGCUUCAGGAGAGAGCUGUGAGGCAAGACUUGGAGUGUGACAAGAUUUCCUUGGAGAGACAGAACAAGGACUUAAAGAGCCGGAUUAUCCACCUGGAAGGUUCCUACCGGUCCAACAAAGAGGGGCUGGUGGUGCAGAUGGAGGCCAGGAUCGCAGAGCUGGAGGACCGUCUAGAGAGCGAGGAGAGGGACCGGACCAGCCUCCAGCUCAGCAACCGACGACUGGAGCGGAAGGUAAAGGAGCUCCUGAUGCAGGUGGACGAUGAACACCUGUCGCUGACUGAUCAGAAGGACCAGCUGAGCUUGCGCUUGAAAGCAAUGAAGCGACAGGUAGAGGAGGCCGAGGAGGAAAUCGACAGACUGGAGAGCUCUAAAAAGAAACUGCAGAGGGAGCUGGAGGAGCAGAUGGACGUGAAUGAGCAGCUGCAGGGACAGCUCAACUCCUUGAAGAAGAACUUAAGACUGAAGAAGCCGCCCAGUAAAGUGCUGGAUGACAUGGAUGACGAUGACGACCUCAGCACCGACGGGGGGAGCCUCUACGAGGCGCCACUGAGCUACACCUUCCCCAAGGAUGCCGCCAGCCAGCUCUGAGUCCACUCCCCGGGCUGCGGAGGUGGCCCGUCAUUCCUCGCAGGGACCCUCGGCCGCCCGCAGCAGGAGGCAGGAGAGGCAGCUGAGACCCGUCGCAGCCUCUCCACGCAGCCAGCCGGUUCCUCUGCGCUCCCCUCCUUGCAUCUCUGCGCGGGAGCGCAGCUCCUCUAUCUUAGGGAGCAGUUGCAGUUUAAAUGUUGAGACGCCCGAGGCCUGGCAGCCACCACCCAUUGGGGUAUUUUGGAAAAUGUAAUUUGGCAGGCUGAAGUCCUCUCUGCACAGCUGUCUGCAUUGCUGCUCCUGCCUCUGCUGCACCACUCCUGCCAGGAGAAAGGGUCCAAAAUGCUAGUUACUGUUUAAUAGCUGCUGUGCGUGGCGGGAAGUGAUGUACAGGCUGGACAUAUUUUAAAGCAGACCUUCUCCUGACCGCUGCUGUUAACGUUUUGGGAUGUGACAGAGGCUUCCUGGGGGGUUCACACAUCUAUAUUGAGUAUUAUUUUUUUAAAUGUGAAGCUACUACAUUUUAAGUAUUGAGGAGCAGAGGCAUGGGAGAGACGGUAGAAUAAAGACCACUUUGGACCGCA